UCCACGCUGCGUCCGCAUUGCUGGGCCGCGGAACGCAUCCUCAAAUGGACGCCAUCCACCUCUCGCAGGCAACGAGACAAGUUAGGCAGGCCGGUCAGCCUAUCGGACGACGAGAUCGAGCGCAUCUCUACUGUGACCUGCGCGGCUUGGCAAGAGUCGACACGCAGCACCUACGGCACGGGGCUCCUCGUAUUCCAUGUAUACUGCGACUUACGAGACAUCCCCGACGAACAGCGUGCCCCCGCCCCCGAGCUUCUCAUCCUUUCGUUCAUCACCUCUCUGGCCGGCUCGUACAGCGACAGCGCCAUCAACAACUACGUCGCCGGCGUCCGUGCGUGGCACAUCAUACACGGCUUACCUUGGACAGUCGACAAGCUGCGGUACGACAAAGCCAUCGCUGGUGCAGGACAACUUGCCCCGGAGACGUCGAAGAGAUCCCAGCGUGAGCCGGUAACAGUCAACAUCUUGCUCAUGAUCAAAUCACAUCUGGACAUCACGCAGAGUGCCGACGCUGCCAUCUGGGCGUGUAUGUGCGUUGCCUUCUACUCUCUGGCUAGACUCGGUGAGCUCGUCGUG